AUGCCUCACAUCAUCAUUCCUUCCCGCUUCCCUUUCGAUGCUUCCGAGGGUUUUGGAUUUAUAAACCUUAAAGACUGUCCGUUGUCACCUUCUCACCAUUCGUGCUGCUUUCGACUCUUCCACUUCUCCUUGUGCUUCCUGCUAAGUCUUCCUGUUGCUUGCGAGCUCUUCUUCUCCUCCUCUUCAUUCCCCCACAAUCUCCUCAUGGCUGAAGAGGCUGCUAUGUUCCGGGCUUACUCUCGUGAAUCGAGCAGGAUGCCCAGCCACAUUUUGAAGGUUGUGGGCGAGGAGGUUGCGAAAAGCCUGGCUGCUCCCUCAACCACCUCCUCUCAUAACACAGCGGAGGAUCCUUCAGAGUCCUCCACCCCACUGCUUCUGUCAGCCGCCCCUCCUGAGACUGGCCCUACAACUUUGGAACCCAUUGAGGAAGAGCAGGCUCCUUCUCCUCCUCCCAACAAAUGCCUAUGCCUCCAACGCAAACGUAAGAGAGUUGCUCCUUUAGUUCAAUCUUCUCCACUUCCUCCGCUCGGAGAGACUUCUUCCAAGGCCCCCAAAGUCCAGGCACAAACAACUAGAGUUCCUACUCAGGAGUCUCCUCGAGUGGCAGAAGUCCCGACCCCUACUCCUGUCUGGGUCUUAGCUCUUGAACAGACUGGCCCUUCUACUGGAGACCAGCCCGGGAUCUCUGCGACCCCUUCAACUCUUCCUGCGGCCCCCUCCCCGUCAGCUGCUCGCACCAGGGCAUGGUCUCAGAGGAGUGAAUAUGAUUUCACGGCGUCCUUGCGCCUACCCUUCGUGGCCGGACUAGAUCCAGUAGGAGCUUCAACAGAGGCUAGUGGCAUUCCUGUUCACGGUAGAAUUCAGCUGCACGAUGCCCUAGCCACCUUUUGGCGAUCGGCCAACGAGCAGUUCUGGGGAGGCUCUUGA